AUGGAAAGCCGGAGCCCAACUCCUACCAAGACCACCGUCAAGCCCAGUGCGUCUGCAGGUAUCAUGAAGCCCGACCUAACCAUGAAUCAUCAAGUCGAGAAUGAUUUCGCAUCUCCAACGAAUCCAUCAUCGGCUACGUCCACCGCUUCCAAUUACAGACGCACCAAGUCUAUGAUGUCGGUCGAUGAGCCGGCUGUAAAGUUCUUGUACACCAUUAUGAAACAGUUGGACUUGAGAACGAUCGACUGGGCCUUGGUUGCCUCGCAGCUGAAUAUCUCCAAUGGGCAUGCUGCAAGAAUGCGGUACUCGCGGCUCAAAGGCCAGCUGGAAAAUCAAGGGCCCAACCAGAAAGCGGCGCGUCCUAAGAGAGUCGAGAACAGAAGGUCAGCCAGAGCUAGCUCCAGUAGGGCAGGGGCCACAACGGUGCCGGCGACUUCUUACCCUGACUUUGAACCUUUCGUCCCCAUUAAGGAGGAAAUCAAGGAGGAGGUCAAGGAGGAGAGUUACGGUGAGACAAUGCCUCGUAUGGCAGAUAUACCUCUCGCUCCUCCUCAUGCCAUGCAUCCGGGACCGUUCUUCCCCCAUAUGGCAUAUCCUUGGGGAUUCUACUACCCGCACAGAUACAGUAUGGAUGAAUACAACAUGUACACACCGAUGGGAGGAUUUGCAGGUAGUUUCUACCAGCAGCAGAAUCAUGAGCAGCCGUACUUGCCAACUUCUAUGGCUUCAGUUGGCUGGGAGGCCUAUAAGUCUGAGCCAGAAGACGAGGAGAAGAAGCUGGACGAGAUCAAAGAAGAACCGGUCGACCAGGGCAAGAGUGUAGAUAGGGAGGCCAAGGAGGAAUUAUCGGACAGAAAGUCGGAUAUUACUGUCAUUGAGGACUGA